CGCUGGAGCCCAGAGUUGCAGGAGAGGAAGCAAAGCAAAGCAAAGCCUACCGUCACUCUUCAUUACUGCUCUGCAAGGACCCCCCAUAAGCAAAGCCUUGCCAUCAUGUGCCGAGGUUUAGCCGCGCUGCCAGCCAGCUGCUUAGAAAGAGCCAAGGAGUUCAAGACCCGCUUGGGGAUUCUACUUCAUAAGCCAGAGUUUGGCUAUAAAUUUGGAAAUAUGGGCAAGGCCACAAAGCACAGAUACUCCUUGGAGGAAGUGCUUGGAUGGAAGGAAUCUUUUGAGAAUCUACUGAGGAGUAAAAAUGGGGUGGCAGCAUUCCACGAGUUUCUUAAGACAGAAUUCAGUGAAGAGAAUCUGGAAUUUUGGCUAGCCUGCGAGGAGUAUAAGAGAACGCGCUCAAAAGGAAAAUUACCAGCCAAAGCCAACAGGAUCUUUGAAGACUUUGUCCAAAGUGAGGCUCCCAGAGAGGUGAACCUUGACCAUGAAACCAGAGAGGCAACUAGGAGGAAUGUUAUGUUUGCCACUUCCGAUUGCUUCGAAGAAGCCCAAGUCAAAACUCACACCUUGAUGGAGAAGGACUCUUAUCCACGGUUUCUGAAAUCUGCGUACUACAGAGAACUGACAGAGCAAGCGAUGAGCCACAGAACGGGCAAACCUGUGCACACUUGAGCCCACCUUGCAGUCGUUGCUUAAGACUGUGCUGGGGGAGGGAGAGCGACCUGGGAGAAGGAAGGAGGAGAGAUAGGAGCUGUAGUAGGAGAUGGGAUGAGCUUCCAUGUACCCAGAAGCUCUCCUGAAGGGCAGCCCUUGCACUUCAGAAGAGAGAGUUGGUGUGGAUGAAAAGUGCCGGAGAAUGUAGUCCAAGGAUGGCUUUGCUCUUGAGGCAGAAGGAAAAAGAAAAAGGAAGAUGAUGCUUGAAGAACAACAAAUGAGACGUUUGAAUUACCCUCCAAAACUGUUUGCCAUCUGCUGUUGAAUGUUCUGUGUUGUGAACCCAUGAACACACAUCACUCAAAGUCUCUGUCAGCUCUCAAAACCCUGCAUCAACAUGGACCACAAACUGUACAUAGCACACGUGGUUCCCAUCCUGUGCAUACCAACCUCAGAAGCCUGCCACAGUUCUCUGCAUGUUUUUGCACUGCUGGUUGGAGGCUCCAGGGCUCGGCAUCAUAGCAACACCGGUGCUGCAUUGCGUUUGCACCCAGAGGAAUGCUGCAUUUGCUUAACUCCAACAGUGUUCAUAGAUCGUUGUCUUCUGCCAUGCCAGGCAAGCUUUCUUCCAGUGACAUCCAUGGAAGGCACAUGGACUUGAUGUAUUGUACCUCUCCAAAUAUUAUAUGCAACCUUGGGUAAUGCACCCUGUUUUUAAUUAUUUAUAUUUGUAUUUAUUCAAAGAAAUGUAUUUAUUGUUCUAUUUAUUUAGGUAGGACAUUGUAGGAGCACAGCACUUUAGAAUCAGGUGCUACAAACUCAUUGCAGUGAGGAGUCUAAAGUUGGAACUGAACUAGUGGACAGAUUUGCCACACUUA